GGCGGGGCGCGGGCGCGGCCAUGAAGUUUCGCGCCAAGAUAGUGGACGGGGCCUGUCUGAACCACUUCACGCGAGUCAGUAACAUGAUAGCUAAGCUCGCCAAAACCAGCACCCUCCGCAUCAGCCCAGAUAAGCUGAACUUCAUCCUUUCAGACAAACUUGCCAAUGGAGGAGUGAGCAUGUGGUGUGAGCUGGACCAGAAGAACUUCUUCAGCGAAUUUCAAAUGGAGGGCGUCUCAGCAGAAAAUAAUGAGAUUUAUUUAGAGCUAACAUCAGAAAACUUAUCUCGAGCCUUGAAAACUGCCCAGAAUGCCAGAGCCUUGAAAAUUAAACUGACCAAUAAACACUUUCCCUGCCUCACAAUCUCGGUAGAGCUGUUAUCUGUGUCAAGCAGUAGCCGCAUUGUGACACAUGACAUCCCCGUAAAGGUUAUUCCUAGAAAAUUGUGGAAGGACUUACAAGAACCUGUGGUCCCAGACCCUGAUGUUAGUAUUUAUUUACCAGUCUUGAAGACUAUGAAGAGUGUUGUGGAAAAAAUGAAAAACAUCAGCAACCACCUUAUUAUUGAAGCAAACCUAAGUGGAGCAUUGAACUUGAAAAUAGAAACUGAAUUAGUAUGUGUUACAACUCAUUUUAAAGAUCUUGCAAAUCCUCCAUUAGUCUCUGAAAGUACUUCUCAAGACAGAAAUCCAGAACAAAUGGCUGAAGUGCACAUAGAUAUUAGGAAGCUCCUACAGUUUCUUGCUGGACAACAAGUAAAUCCUACAAGGGCCUUAUGCAAUAUUGUGAAUAACAAGAUGGUGCAUUUUGAUCUGCUUCACGAAGACGUCUCCCUUCAGUAUUUCAUCCCAGCACUGUCCUAGCAGCUCCUUGCCCUGUCUUGUGCGUGGAGACUUCAUCAGGAUGGAGAGCCAUGGGUGAUGUGUUCCAAGUCAUUCAUCUUUGUCCUCACAGCACCACAGAUCAACACCCUGUACUCACUUCUCCCUCUAUAGUACUUUGACUGAAAGUCAAAUUGAUGAAGCACAGUUGGAUAAUUGUACUACUUAUUAUUCAUGUGUGUUUUGUUUUUAAGACAUUGAGAAAAGCUAGAGUUUUAUUCAUACCUUAAAAAGCAGUUUCUCGUCGAAGUUGUGAAGACCGCAUGUGUUUAGAAUUUGUGUAGUAGCCAGAAUUCACAAAGGUGUUACCUAUGGUGUUUGGUCCUUUUCCACCAGGCAGUCUCUAGCUCAGCACAGUGUGUAGCACAUAGUCAGUGGCCCUUACGUUCCAUUGUGCUCCCUCUCCUUGCAGCUCAGUGACAGAAAGGACAGCCUGUCUCACCUCUCCUGCUGCUUUGUUUACUCAGACCAUCAUGGGGAGUCACUGGCAGCAUUUGGAGCCUGUGUCCAACUUGCUGAAGACUUGAUCCCACUCCCCCUGCGAUGCCUGGAGAGCUGGUCCAGCCCACACAGCUCUUGUCUGGGGGUUCAUUCUGCCACUCCAAGCAGUUUCUCCCUGGGGCCAGUUUUGGUCUCAGGUUAUGUUUCCUUAUAUUUCUUUCUUCUACAGUGCAUCAGGUUUGUGAUUCUGGAAAUAAUUUUAGAGUAGAAACAAAUGAGACUUCUAAGCCAGCAUUUGUGUUAAGUGAUGAGACCAUUAUUUCUGUUUAUAUAUCAAAGCUGGUUCAGUACUGAUAGAUAUGCUUUCUCAUUCUCUCUGAAGUACAUUCCAUCAUAGUUCCUAUUAUAAUUGAAUCUUACUUGUCCUGUGGAGGUGGACAUCAUAAACAUUAUCUUAAUGUCACAUUACAGAGUUGACACCUAAGGUGCUUAGGAUAAGAUGAAGAAAUGAAAAUCCAGCAAAAACAAAACUUUAUUUUUUGGCCUUUUCCCAUUAUUUGGUAAAUCCAAUGUAUUUGUAUUACUCUUUUGAUAUUUAACAAUGUUAGUUUGAAUAGGAUGGAAUUGUUAAAUUAGAGGAUACCAUCUUAAUUUGUAAGCUGUCUUCUCUUUGGCUUGUAAUGAAAUUAAUUCCAGCUGUAGUGGUAAAACUUAAACAUCAUGAUGCAAAAUGAAGUCAGAUCUGAAAGUAGUUUGAUAACUUAACGUUUCUGUCAAAGAAAGUGUGUUAGCAACUUAAACUAUUGCUGUAUGUAAUGUUUAUUGUCAAAUACACCUGAUUUUGAUGAUUUUUCA